UGCUGAAUUUUUUGAAUUAUAUCUCACAGCCGUUUAUUUGUGAGGAUGACGUUUUUAAGUACCUAUUUAUGUAUGUUCCUAUCUUUUCACGAAAAUACCAGCUGCAACCGUCACUUAUAUUGGCUUCGAUAGAUAGCCAGUGAGCUAACAUGUGAGCGGCAGUGUCACAAUACAAAACAAUAGUCUUUAAUUUAAGCACAAAGAAAAGUGUAGAAUAUACUAACGUUGGUUACAUUAGUUAUUUACAUUUCCGGAUUUUGCAAACGUGUUUACGUUAAAGCUAAAGUUUAGCAUGUCCUCUAUCAGCCACUGUGAUCACUACAAACGCCUGUAGACAUCAACGGGACACACAGCAGAUUAAGUACAAAAUGUCUGUGUUGCUUUACUUUGUGAAGCACAGAAGCUUGUGGAAGCAUGUCCGUAGAAAUGUCACGACAUGGUCAUCCGUUGGAGCUGCUUUCAAUGCCAAACCUCUCAGGAGACUGGACCUCAUCGAAAAACGCAUGGGUUUGUUUGGAGUGCCAGAGCUGAGCUCUCCUGCAGGCUUCCAGGCAGCCACAAAGACAGCUCUCAACAAGACUGAGCUCCUGGUGGAAAAAGCUUGUUCUUGUCCCCCAGGGGUUGAGACUGUCGAGUCUUUUGACCAGCUCUCCGAUGGUUUGUGUAAAGUGGCUGAUCUGGCGGACUUUGUAAAAGUAGCUCAUCCAGACCCAGCGUUCCGUGAGGCUGCAGAGAAAACCUGCAUAGAGAUCGGCACGGUAGUGGAGAAGCUGAACACUAACGUUGAGUUGUGCAAGAGCCUAAAAAAUUUGCUGGACAACCCGGACAUUGUGGCUCAGCUGGACCCUGACACGAAACGAGUGGCAGAGUUGUUCAUGUUCGACUUUGAAAUCAGUGGAAUUCAUCUGGAGGACAAACUGAGGAAAGAGGCAGUUGCCCUGCACGUGAAGCUGUUGGAUCUAAACAAUGAGUUUUUGGUCGGCUCUCACAUGCCCAACAGAAUUGCAAGGUCUGCGAUUCCUGAACAUCUGCACCUGCACUUUGCAAAUGACGGAAGCUUCAUCCAAGUCGGGGGAAUGCAUGCAGACUCCCCAGAUGACUUGAUGCGAGAGAUUGCCUACAGGAUUUACCUCUAUCCCAACGCAGAUCUGAUGGGGUGUCUGGAAGAGCUGCUGAAAUGCAGAUACAAACUGGCCAAACUGGUGGGCUACGAGUCCUACGGUCACAGAGCCCUAAAGGGAACGAUGGCCAAAACACCAGAGACGGUGAUGAGCUUCCUUCAGUUGUUAACAGACAAGUUGUCAGACAGAACAGCGAAAGACUUUAAGAUGAUGAGGGACAUGAAGAAGAAACUCAACCCCCGUAAUUCUGAGCUCAUGCCCUGGGAUCAUCCGUUCCUCAGUGGGGUCUUGCGUGCCGAAAGGUACAACAUAGAGCCCAGUCUGUACAGUCCCUACUUGUCUCUGGGUGCCUGUAUGGAGGGUUUGAACAACCUCUUCUCUCAGCUGUACGGUGUCUCCCUCAUGUCUGAACAUCCCAGCGCUGGAGAGGUGUGGAGUGAUGACGUCCGCAAGCUGGCUGUGGUACAUGAGACAGAGGGAUUACUGGGAUAUAUCUACUGUGACUUCUUCCACCGGUCAAAUAAACCUCAUCAGGACUGUCACUUCACCAUCCGCGGUGGCCGGUGGUGCCAGGAAACGGGUCAGUACCAGCUGCCGGUUGUGGUGCUGAUGCUGAGCCUGCCCCAACCCUCCAAGAGCGCCCCCACCCUGCUCACUCCCGGCAUGAUGGAGAACCUCUUCCAUGAGAUGGGACACGCCAUGCACUCCAUGCUAGGACGCACCCGCUACCAGCAUGUCACAGGAACCAGAUGUGCGACUGACUUUGCUGAAGUCCCUUCCAUCCUCAUGGAGUACUUUGCAACUGACUAUCGAGUCAUCAGUCAGUUUGCACGCCAUUAUGAAACUGGACAGCCUCUGCCUGAGAGUAUGGUGGCUCGGCUGUGUGAGUCAAAGAAGGUGUGCGGAGCUGCAGACACCCAGCUGCAGAUUUUCUAUGCCGUACUGGACCAGAUAUACCACAGCAAACCUCAGAACCGCUCCACCACAGAAAUCCUGACGGAGAUGCAGCAGAAAUUCUACGGCUUGCCUUAUACGCCCAAUACGGCAUGGCAGCUGAGAUUCAGCCACCUGAUUGGCUAUGGGGCCAAGUAUUACUCCUACCUCAUGUCCCGGGCCGUGGCGUCAAUGGUGUGGAGACAAUGCUUCGUUCAGGAUCCUUUAAACAGGGAAAUGGGUGAACGCUACCGUCGGGAGAUGCUGGCUCAUGGAGGAGCUAAGGAGCCCAUGCUGAUGGUGGAAGGGAUGCUGCAGAGACGGCCCACCAUCGAGGACUUUGUGGAUGCACUGGUGUCUGAGCUCAACCCGAACUUUGAGACCUUCAUCAUGGACUCUGAAAGCUGAAAGACGUCUCUGGCGGCGUGGAAACAGACGAAAGCUAUGGCGGCACAGUGCACACUCAUUCUUACUAAGCAUCUUUACUCUGUCUGUAAAUGAAUUGUGUGUAUUUUAUAUCUUGCUUGUUCUUCUAAAAGUCACAUUGACUUAUUUGAUAUUUUUGGCCAAUUCUGCUGUCAAGAAAAAGUAAUUGGAUAAAAAUUCAAACUUGCUACCAAUCCUAAAAACUCCUGGUUAUCUCUAAAUAUUGAUUGUUGCAGAUUCAGAGUCAAUUCUUCCCCGUUCAAAGGCAUUUUUUCAAUACUCUGGACUCCUUCGUGUCAACAUUAUUGGUAUUUCAACAUAUUUUACAGUAACUUGUGCCAGGCCACAUACUGUUCAUUUAAUAUCUUACAAUUCUGAGUUUGUACGUAAGUUUUUUUGACAUUUUCUCAGCACUGAACUUUGCUAAAAAUGAACAGAAAAUGUACUAUGAUAUGUAACAUAUCCAUAUAAAUUUAUCUAAGUGCAUAUGUGUAGUGGUUUUCAUCAUUUCAUUUGCCUUAUUUUCAUUCAUGUAUUAAUUCCACAGCUAAUAUCCCCUCAGUUAAUAUCUAUUUUCAGCUCACAUACUAGCGGAACAUUGUUUUUUCCUGAUCAAAUCAGCGUGAGGAAGAGUACCUAAUCUGCUCUUCCUGUCAUAUGGUCAUUGUUUAGGCGUUAAAUUAAUACCGCUCCAUCUGUUUUGU